ACCUUCAGUAGUGGCAUUCGUCCCAAUCGUUUGCACUCGGACUCGAGAUGGGUGCAGCGCAAUUCGCUCUACUGGACUACCUCGUUCUCCUCGGUUUCCUUCUCGUGUCGACACUCAUAGGAGUCUACUUCGCCUGGAAGGAUCGGCGCAGCACCAGUAACAAGACCUUCCUCACCGGGAACAAAGAAUUAGGAUGGGUUCCCGUGUCGUUCUCGAUGAUGGCAUCCUACUUGUCGUCAAUAGCGAUCUUGGGACUACCUUCAGAAGUGUACAACCGAGGAGCUAUCUUGUGGCUCGGAGCCGUUUCUGCUACGAUCGCAAUUCUGGUAGCCGCGAGAGUUUUCCUUCCAAUGUACUACAACAUGGACAUCACCUCCAUCAACGAAUAUCUGGAGAAGAGAUUCAACUCGACUGCAGUGAGAAGCUUGGCGGCUGGAGUCUUCGUAAUACAGACGCUAUUGUACAUGGGCGUCGUCCUCUAUGGUCCCUCCCUGGCACUCGGCUCAGUAACCGGAAUCCCGGUUUGGAUGUCUAUUCUGCUGAACGGGCUCGUUUGCACCUUCUACACGGCCAUAGGCGGGAUGAAAGCAGUUGUCUGGACGGAUGUCGUGCAGAUGAUCUUGAUCUACGCGGGAUACAUCAUGGUUUGCGUGGCGGGAAUUUCGCACGUCGGCGGCAUCGGAAGAGUGAUUGAAAUCAAUCAGCAAGGAGGCCGGCUCAUCUUUGCCAAUUGGAGUUUCAACCCUUACUACACGUACACAACAUGGAACGUCACGCUUUCCUGGACCAUAGGCUGGAUGGGCGCCUACUGCGCCAGCCAGACUCAAGUGCAAAGAUAUUCCGCCAUAGCCUCGUUGGAGAAGGCCAGAAAAGCUCUACUGUGGAACAUUCCCGGAGUCUCCUCAACGCUCCUUCUAUCAGUACUUUCGGGACUCGUGCUGUACGCGGUCUAUGGUCAUUGCGACCCACGGUUCCGCGGAGACAUUGAGAAAACCGAUCAGUUGAUGCCAUUCAUCAUUCAAGAUCUCUUGAGAGACUAUCCCGGUCUGUCGGGUCUCCUCGUUGCAUCUGUGUUCAGCGGAUCACUGUCGACUUUGUCUUCCGGCUACAAUGCAUUGGCGGCGGUGACGUGGGACGAUUUCAUCAGACCGAGAGUGAGCCUCUCCGAUCGACAAGCCGUGUACACCACGAAAGCCGUCGCCGGAAUGUACGGUGUCCUCUCGGUGUUCAUCGCCUUCUUGGCUGGAUCUAUGGAAUCUAUCAUUCAAGCCUCGUCAUCGCUAAUCGGCGCGAUGACCGGCCCACUCUUGGCUGUGUUCGUCCUCGGCAUAACGAUUCCAUACGUGCGGAAGAAUGGCGCCUUAUGGGGCGUCUGCCUCGGGCUCGCCUUCGCUUGGUGGUUGACACUGGGUUCAAUCAUCUACCCGCGCAGCGGGGAUAAUCUUCCUGUAGACAACGCGCAGUGUCUCGCGCCGAACGCUACGCUGUUGGAGAGAGGAUCGUUCGAUCCUCCGAAGACUCCCGAUGGCAUCAUGGCGUUCUAUCACAUCUCGUUCAUUUGGAUCUCUGCUUUAGGUUUCGUCGCAACUUUGAUUUUCGCCGUCGCCGUUUCGACUUUCUUCGAAUCCGAUGACAAGACCGAGAAACUCGAUCCUCGGUACAUCGUUCCCUUCGCGAGACGCUUCAUGGAUCUGGGAGACGACCCGAUGAAAAUGACGUCAUACAAAGCUGUUCCCACAAAUGAACAAAACCGAAACUCCCAUCUGUAA